AUCAUAAGGUCGUCAUUUCGUUAAACAAAAUAUUCCUUGGCAAUACGCAAUAUUAAAAAAAAAAACAAAAUGUGGGUACAACCGACUUUGAGUAAAAACUAAUGUGCCGAACUUGACGAAAUUUUUAUGAUACCAAAAAACGGCUAUUCCACGUUAAAUGAAAAUCAUUCAUCCAGUCGGUAGUUCUGAGGUAAGAAACUUAAAAAAGCAGACGAAUUGAGAAACUCCUCCUAGGCUUAAAGUCGGUUGAAAACAUUAAAAUGGAAUAGAAUCGCCUUCGAUGAAGCGUAUCCUGUAGAGGUUUCUAAAGCACCAUAUGAAUAGUGUUAACUUAAAAAAAACCAACCUACCGCCUUGUAAAUAUAAAUUCCUUUGCAAUCUCGCUUAAUUCUUAGUUCGAUUAAAGCAGUUAACGGAUCGUCAAGACAUUCGCUUGUCUCUGCGUAUUUCUCCGUCCAUCUGCACCGACCGCUAUGGGUUGUGCUGCGAUAAUAUCGAUAAUGUCUACCUUAUAUAUUUUAAUAGGUACCUAUUUUCAUGGAACUUGGAGAAGUACAAAUUGUUUGAAACGGAGGUUUUUUGUUUGCCUUAAUUCAAUUUUUUUUUGUCUUUCACUCGACAAUUAAUAUAGAUGGAGAAAUAGACUGCCAUGACUUUAGUCCACUAUUACAAAAGUAGUUCAGAGUUAUAGGUUUCCUACAAUAAUCAAGGAUGAAUCGCACAUAACAAGGCAUCGACAUUGAAUAGAUCGACAAGGUGCCUUCCCUCCAGGCUUUAACAGACGCAGUGUCGCCGGGCCGCGGCAGUGGCGCGCCGCGAGCCGAGCACGCCGCACGCGUCCUCCCGCGCCCUACAAACCACGUCGCGAACGCACUCGCUUCAAACAAAACACGAUCGAUAACACAAAGCACAGCUCAAAACUCAAACCCAUCAUCACAGUUGAAGCCCAACCAACCAGUGCUCAAGAACCCAACGAACAUGUUACAUUUUUUUAUGUAACCGAUUUUAGAUGGCAACAUCGAUAACGCGUGGCGCACCGGCGUCAACAAUGUAGUCAUAGUGACGCGAUCGUGUUAGCGUUUUGACAGUUAAACAUGACUCUAAAAUACCGUUGAUUUUUAAAUAAACAUGUUUAUAAAACGUUGUGUGUUGAUUGUUGAAUAUUGUUAAGAUGACGACAAUAAUAUUGUUGGUUUGAAUAGUUUGUAAAAUAAACGAAAAUGGGAAAUGGAAUGAACAAGGUGCUUCCCGGUCUCUACGUGGGUAAUUACCGGGACUCUAAGGAUACGGUGCAGCUUGACAAGUACAAGAUAACACAUAUACUGUCCAUACACGACGCGGCCAGAAGAUUGCAUUCCGACAAGCACUACCUCUGUAUAAUGGCAUCAGACUCUCCGGAACAGAACCUCACGCAGUACUUCAGUCUGUGCAACGACUUCAUACACGCGGCUCGACUCAGAGACGGAAACGUUCUUAUACAUUGUUUGGCAGGGAUGUCACGAAGCGUGACGGUAGCAGUGGCGUACAUAAUGUCGGUUACGCCGCUGACGUGGCGCGAGGCUCUGAAGGUGGUCCGCGCCGGGCGGGCAGUCGCCAACCCUAACCUCGGCUUCCAACGCCAGCUGCAAGACUUCGAAACUUAUAAACUUGUUGAGGAAAGAAGAAGACUUAAGGAGCGGUACCCGUCAUUGGCGCUAGCUGACCGAGACCUAUCCGAGUGCCGCGUCAUGCUGGACUCGUACCAAACGAUGCUGAACCAACGGACAAUCUGCGAAGGAAAAUGCUCCAUGGGCCGACAAUGUCCCACUGGGGUAUGCAGAACAGGGUCGAAGAGACAACCGCGACAAAGGAAGCCCUCAAUGGCACCAGGAGCUGGAGAAGGCCCAGGGCUAAAGCGGUCGCCGUCCACACUGUCCACGAUGUCGACUGCCUCAGGGUACCGCCCUCGGUCCUCGCCAGCUGGACUUUAUAGUUAUACCGGAGCUCCGUCUCGACCGUCACGGUCAGCAUCAGGGCUUAGCAUGACUCGGGUAACAGACCCGGUGGGCGGCGGCACGGCUAUGGCGGUGGGCGGCACGGAGUACUCCCGAAGACGGGCGGCCUCCGCGCCAGCCACGCCAGCGCUGUCACCCGCGUCAUCGCCACCCGGAUCGCCGCACAGGGCACCACAGCAUAGAUCCCGCCCCCUGCAGCGGUGUUCGUAGCAAGCAUCCUCGCGACAUCUAGCAUCCGCCCAGUGUGCACCGCACAGACGGCAGACACGCGCGCCCGCGUCGGCCACGUCCUUUAUAGCACACAACGUGCACAUAUACUGGCCAUCAGUUUCACCACACGCUGGCAACACUAACGGACAGCCAAAUCUGACAGAUGAAAUGUCAAAAAUGAAUUUAAAUAGCAACUGUCAAAAUAAAACUCGAAACAGUUGAACAGCGAUUGGUAAAAUUGUGGUUAAUGCUUCAAAGGCUUGUUAUAAAGGCCAUUAUAAUGAAGCUAUUUAUUAUUAAGCAUUUUGUGAGAGCAAGUUUCGGACGGCGAACUAUUGAUGUUUGGGUUUUUGAGAAAUGAGGUUUGUAAACGUUAGAGGAUUGCGACUGUUGCGUAAAUCUCAAGUUGUUGUUUGCCUUUGCGGUGUCAAUGUCGUGAUAUACCUUUAUACUGUAACGUAAUUAUGCCUCAUCAACGAAACUAUGCUAGAUUGAUCGCGGUGAUAUACAUAGUUAGGCUGGACACUAAGAGUGAUAUAUGAUUGAAAGAAGAAUUUCGAAGGAUGCAGGUGUAAAACAUAGGUACCAAGUGAAAGGCAGUGAAAUAUUGUCGUUAUUUAGUAAAUAUAUACUUUAACGAAAUGUCAUUUCUGUCUCUACAUAUAUCUUAUAGUUGAACACUUAUGAAUCAGUGACAAGAACAAUGCUAAUAUUACUAAUUCCAGUGUUACGCAGGUACGUCGAACGUCAAAAAUGUUUCCAUGGAACUGAAACGUAUUGGGAAGUACUGAAUGUAACUAUAUGUUGCUGAUAAUUUAAGUCAACUAUUUCGGCACAAGCUCGCAUUAAGAGCCUCCCAAACUACAUUCUCACCUUUUUAUCAGCCGUUAUUUUGAUCAGGAUUGGCAUUAAGUUCGUUAAGUAAAUAGAAAGAGAUUUAUGAGCAAGGGACCAUUUGUUUGACUGAUGCGAGCACCCAAAACUAAUCGGGCAGUUUUGUUCGGCAGUGUGCGCGUUUAAAACCAAACCGGAACAAAUUUUUGGUUGAUGAAAAGUCUCUAGUAUGCGGAAGCUCUUAUUCUUGUCAAAAUGCUUGCUCCGUAUUUUUACGCAGUUCUUAUCAUGGCAAAAUAUGGAUGCGAAGCUGACCCUUUAGCUUUGCGUCGCUUGGAUGUAAAUUCUUCGUAGGUAACUGGCUAUUCCGCGGAGCUUACAAUGGAGUGGAAAAUUGAAAAGCAAUUCAAAAUCAUAUUCCAGAAUAGAAAAAUAAAUCGAGUAUUAUUUAAGAAAUCAUUCUAAAUGCUACCGAGAAAUGUCUUAUUAGUUCAAUUAUUAAUAAUUUGUUAAGUACGAAAGAAAGAGUACAACGUGCUAAUGUAAUGGAAAUAUAAGAUAUUUUAGUAUUCGAGGAACGUCGUAGAUAUAUAGAUGGACUAAGGAUGCUCUGACUAGAUCAGAUUUCUACUUCUAAGAUUUCUACGUCUACUAAAUACCUACUAUGAAGUUAGCUCAUAUUUUUCAUCUAUUGUAGCUAGUCUAAAAGUAGCAAUAUUAAUUUAAAGCAGCCUUUCAAAGUCUAUUUACCAAAUCUACUUAAGAGUCGUUAAGUAUAAUUUUAUCUACCAUCGGUACUUUAAUAAAUGGUACUCUCGCGAUUACUAAGAAUUUGAACAUUCUAGAAUAUAUUUUUCUCUUAACACUGUAAUUGCGAGAGAUACCUUGAAUAGCACAUUUUCUAGAUAUCUAAAAGUACCUACAAAUUAGUUUAUGAUAUAAUUUAGCCCUAAGACUUCACUGUAAAAUAUACCAUUUCCUUUUACUAUAAAGUCCAGUGGCGAAGAAAGUCUUACCUUGUAGACUUUUUGGAAACUUUCCUAAAUUGUUGAGGCCCUUGAUCACGUGCAAUAAAACAUCCAAAUUGGCUUAUAUCCCACCUAUUUCACUAACUAACCCCGUCGUUUUAAGGGGAAUGUUUGGCUUUGAGUAACAGGCGUUAAAAGAUUAUUGUAGGAUUAAACGCCUGCUGACUUAUAAUUACGAUGAUCAUCGGGAUUUCGAACUUUUAUUCCUCAGCACCAUUUAACUGUCGCGUGAAUAAAAUUGUUUUCUCACACACAUCACGGGUGCGAGUUUCGAUUCAAGUCCUAACGUAUCCGCGCGACCCGUUACUGUUCUGACAGCACGUUUAAUUUGUUCCAGCAGGAUGAAGUGACAUGUGAAACGUUUGACUUUUGGAUAAAUUGCUCAAAAUGAAAAACUGAAUCCGUUCCUAGCACAGCACAAUUUUUGAUUUAGAAGCUUAGCACGUGUACAUUUUCAUUGCUCGCAAAUAAAGCUCAUUACAAUUUCUAUGUUAGAACACAAUUCUAGGGUCGAACUAAGUUGUGAAUUUUUGCAUAUCUCUUUUCUCAUACUUACAAGGCUUAGCCUGGUUUAGAAAAUUGUGAUUUAGAUGCCUUUAGCACGGUGGCAUACGUAGUGUGAUUAUAUUAAUACAUUUCUUUAUUAUUACUUAUAAAAUGCUGCCACUGUAGCUUUGUUAUAACUCGUUUUAAGUCUGUAAAUAUUAUAUUCUAAGGCAAUACUUCCUUCGAUUCGUAUCACGUUUGGUUCAUUCGCGUGGAUAAGAUCUUUCCUAGAAGGAAAUUACUUUCUGGAUUCCGUAUCUAAAAGGAUGCAACAAAAAAUACGUUUUUAUUACUUUGAAUUUCAAUCUCUCUUUAUAUUAUAUUGUUAUCCCGAUUUCAGUACAUUAUAAUAUUGUAUAUUGAACAAGUUCUUUUGGAAGCGCAGAAGGUGCGGGAUAUAUUAUUGGAAUAACCUAUAGAGGCUAUGUUUUUGUAUAUUUGAGGGAAUAUAUAUAUUAUAUAUA